AAACGCAGAAAAAAUAAUUUGAAGAGAGAGAAAGAGGGGGAAUGAGGAAGAAGAAGAAAAGCAACAACACUUGGGAGAAGUAGCAAAGCUGUGUGUACUCUCGCCCUAAGCUUUCUCCCCGACUUUUACUCCAAUUUCGCCAUUUUUACUCUCUCUCUAAAACUUUACCUUUCCCUCUCUAAAAAAAAAAGUACACUUGCGUUUCUCACUCUACUUUCUCUCCUUAUUUUCUCUUCUUCUGUACUCAAUCAACUCAAUUCCUUUUGAUCUCUCUUUAUGUCGUCUUCUUUCUUCGAUUACGGCUAGUUUGAAUUCCAGAUUUUCUCUUUUUUUAAUUGUGGUUUUCUCCUCAUUUCUUCUGUUUUUCAAUUUUAUUUUAUUUUUUGAAUUUUUUCUGGAUCUGAUUGGGUUUCUGGUGUUGUGGGUUUUCUGAAAUUGAUGAGGGUCGUUAUGGGUUUGCGCUGAUUUUUCGAAUUAUGAGUUGAAUUUUUUUGGGUAUUUUUUUUAGAUUUUUUUUUAAAAAUUUGUACUCUGAUUUGAUCUGAAAAAUCGUGAAUUUUUAAGUGUAUUUUUCCCUAAUAUUUUUUUGGGAAUUUUGGGAUUUUGUUUUUGAUCUGAAUUCUGUGAAUUAAGUUUCAGUCAAGGCUGAUUUUUUCUUCUAUCCGAUCAAAAGCAUUGUAAUUCCUAAAAUUUUUUGGUACCAAUUUUUCAUAUUUUUUUUUUCAUAAAAAAAUUCAGUUGAUAAGCUUAAUUAGGCUCCAAUUGGUCUGAAUUAGGGCAUCAGAUUGUGGUAGUUAUCUGGGUGGUUGUUGAAGAUUGAUCACCAUUGCAGUUCAACAGUUUUUUGUAUUGCUUGUUUUUUGUCUUUAGGAUGAUCUAGUUGCUAAGCUACAUCAUUGUUUCAACAUUCUGAUGGAUUGCUGACAACUUUAGGCAAUCUGUUGAAAUGAUUGAAAUGACAAGCGACAGUGACAAAAGGAAGGCUGCAAGAUGUCGUAAAAAUUCCCCUGGUGCUGAAGAGGUUUCGAGUGGUGGGAACUCUUCUGGGGGAAGCUGUCUAAAGAAAGGUCCGUGGACCUCAGCUGAGGACGCAAUAUUGGUGGAAUAUGUCACAAAGCAUGGAGAGGGAAAUUGGAAUGCAGUCCAAAAACAUUCAGGACUUUCACGAUGUGGAAAAAGCUGUCGUUUGAGAUGGGCAAAUCACUUGAGACCUGAUUUGAAAAAAGGAUCAUUUACCCCUGAAGAAGAAAAUCGUAUCAUAGAACUCCAUGCUAAGAUGGGUAAUAAGUGGGCUCGUAUGGCUGCAGAGUUGCCUGGGCGUACAGAUAAUGAGAUAAAGAACUACUGGAAUACAAGAAUUAAGAGGCUGCUACGAGCUGGCUUACCCAUAUAUCCUCCUAGUGUUAGUAGGCAAGCAAGGAAUGAUAGUCAACAAAGUGAGGAGAUGAUGACAUGCCAGAGUGGAGACAUGCACCAUUCCGAAUCCUCAGAUACAAAUAGUUUUCAGAUUCCUGAAGUAGAGUUCAAGAAUUUUGGGCUUGAUCCUGCUUUACUUGAUCUUGCUCCUGCAAGUCUCCUCCCAAAAGGUGUGAGCUCAUCUAAUAGUUAUGGUUUCAUGUUUUCAUCAUUGAAUCCUCAGAAACGCCUUCGAGAGGUGGAUAGCCAGUUCCAUGUUACUGUCCCAAGUACCAGCAUUACUUUUCCUAAAUUUGAACAGCAUGAAGAUGAUCCUUUUGGAAGGCUUGUCCCUGUACAGCCUCUUUGGUCACCUCCUAUAUAUGAUCCGGAUUUGAAUAUCAAUGGAACCUCCGCGAUUGAUGUUCUUGGCAGCCAUGCCCCUAUUAAUGGCAAUUCCUCUUCUUCUGAGCCUGUUUCCGAGGCCAUGAAGCUGGAGCUCCCUUCACUCCAAUACUCAGCAUCUCAAGUAGGUAGCUGGGCUACUCCAUCUUCCCCGCUGCCUUCCCUUGAGUCUGUUGAUACUUUAAUCCAAUCCCCCUUGAGUGAGCACACUCAAUCAAAUUGCCCUUCGCCACGCAGCAGUGGCCUGUUGGAGGCAAUUGUGUAUGAAUCACAGUCUUUGAAGUGCUCAAAUUAUAAUUCUCACCAGCAGGGUUUAGACACUUCUGUCAUGGCUGGUGAUGUCGUUGAAUCUUCAUCACGAAAUGUAUGUGAACCAAAAUGGGAUGCUUGUGGUGAUCCAAUAUCACCACUUAGUCAUUCUGCUGCUUCUGUUUUUGUCGAGUUCACUCCUGUUAGUGGUGGAAGCUCAUCAGAUGAACCCCAGUCAGCUGAGCCUGAGACUAUACCAGGCAAAUUUGACUGGAUAUCAGCAGAAUUAGAUGGGAAGAAGGACAUUUCAUGUCCGCUAGAGUAUUUAAGGCCUGAUGCGUUGCUGGACUCAUAUUGGUUUAGCCAUCGCAUUGGGCGCAGCAAAGACGAAUCAAUCACAGGAGAUUUUGGGGCACUUCUGGGUGAUGAUUUCAAUUAUGAACACAAACAAGGCAGUGCUCUGCCUUGUGAUGAAUCAAAUCAAAGUUCUGGGCUGGGUACUUCUACAUGGGAUACCAUCUGUGGAGUCUACCCGUUCUCAAAGAACAAUUGAUUGUGCGUGCUUUGACGCAUUCAUUUCAGACCUUGAAUUUCUUGUGUUAAUAUUUGGAUUUGAUUGGCUGUAUUUCGUUGGAAAAACAAGUUCACUGUGAUGAUACUUAGCUCAUGCUUUGUAUGUUGUUGAUGUAAGAAUCUUGGUUUUUGGAAGACCAGUUUUUGUUGUGAAAAGAAGAAAAUUUAAAAACUAGUGGUACCGUUGUAGAUGACGAGUACCGCUUGUUUUUUUUGGUUUCGAUAACUGUUUUCGUCGUCUCCGAUCAUCUCUUGAUAAAACUGUUAGAGUGUGAGAAUCAUUAAGGGUUGCAUGCAAGCAUUAUCAUGAGGUCUUGAAAUUUAUGUCAAAUGGCAUUCAAUCUUCUGUAAAUUUUAUGUAAACUAUAUCUUUCUGUGCUAGUUUGCUAGUAAUUGUUGUGUAAAAAAUUUAUCUUUCUGUGCUCGAUAAUCUUCUUUUGGUAUUAUGCUUAUUAUAGUGAAUUUAGUAAUCAGGCAUUUAGGUCAAAACAAGUUCUAUUACUAUUAACAGAGAAGAACAAAA